UUUACAAAACACACAAAACUCUUGUUCACUCUCUUACACCUUUCCCCGAGUUCCGACAAUGGCUUCAGCAUCAGCGACAGCCACUCUUCUGAAGCCCAGUCCUCUUCCACCCUAUAAACCGAUCAUCACCGCCUCCGUAUCUCCUCCUCUCCCUCCUCCUCGUCGCCACAACCUCCUUCGCCGCGAUGUACUCUCCUUAUCCGCCGCAUCGACGCUUCUUCUAACGCAAUCUCUCCCGUUUCUAGCUCCGCCGCCGGCUUCUGCCGCCGAAGACGAAGAGUACGUGAAAGAUACGUCGGCGGUGAUCUCCAAAGUUAGGACGACGCUCUCGAUGGAGAGGACAGAUCCGAAUGUGGCGGAUGCGGUGGCGGAGCUGAGAGAAGUGUCGAACUCGUGGGUUGCUAAGUACAGGAAGGAGAAAGCUCUUCUCGGGAAAGCUUCUUUCAGGGAUAUUUACUCGGCGUUGAAUGCAGUGUCUGGACAUUAUGUGAGUUUUGGUCCGACGGCUCCGAUCCCGGCGAAGAGGAAGGCGAGGAUUCUUGAAGAGAUGGAGACUGCUGAGAAAGCUCUCUCUAGAGGAAGAUAAAUUUACUGUGAGACCUAACCAUUUCUUCUUCUUCUCCAGUUCCUUGUCGAUGAAGUUUUCUUUUUACCUUUAAAUGCAUAUCGGAUUAUAUGAGAAGAGAAACUUGAAUUUGCUCGUUUGUUUUUGUAAAAUACUUUCAUGAUCAUUUACUUAAUUAUCAUUCACAAUAACGAAUUCCAUUUUUCUAAUUAAAA